AUGACUCCACAAGAAAGUCCUUCUCAUGACAAAAACCACAACAACAACAACUUUUCAUUUCCCUACGAGAACCCCUAUGACAUUCAACUUCAAUACAUGGAACAAUUGUUCAACACCAUUCAAGAGGAAAAAAUUGGCAUCUUUGAAUCGCCAACCGGAAGUGGAAAAUCUCUUUCUCUCAUUUGCGGAGCUCUUUCUUGGCUCAUGUCCUAUUACGCACAAAGAGAUGGCAUCACGGUGAACGGAAUUCAUAGCAGCACAACAUCUUCACUCAAGAGAAAAAACAUUGAUGAUCAAUCUUCUUCCGAUGAAGAACCUGCUUGGGUGAUUGAACAAACCAUCAAAAGAAAAAAAGAAGAAGAAGAAAAUGCAAGAAGAGAACAACUGGAAAAGAGCAAAAAGAAUGUGAAAAAGUAUGAUGAUCGACGAAAACAAUUUUUGGAGUCCAUUCUGACUAUGAAUGAUUCAAACAACGAUGAUGAUCUCCUUCUUAAUGAAGUUGAUGAAAGCGUUUUCAAUAAGAUUGGAAUCAAUAAUAAUUUACUGAAAGAUUUAUAUGAUGAAGAUAGUGAUGAUGACAAUGAUCGACCAAUAUUUUCAUCAUCUGCAUGUAGUAGAAUCGAAAAUGAUGAAAAAUUUGAAACUCCAAAGAUUUUAUAUUGCACAAGAACACACUCUCAAAUCAAUCAAUUUAUUCAAGAAUUAAGAAAAACAGAAUUUUCAAAGAAGGUUAAGGUAUCCAAUUUGGCAUCUCGUCAAGUGCUUUGUAUCAAUGAGAAUGUGCUUUAUAGAAAUACCAAAAAUGGAAAAGUUCAAAAUGGUCUCAAUAGAAUUAAUGAGCAAUGUCAAUAUUUAAGAGACAAGAAAUUAUGUGAAUACGACAAUGAUCCUUCCUUGUUUAAAGACUAUAUGGUUCUAAAAGUUCAUGACAUUGAAGAAUUAUUGGAUCUUGGAAAAAAGUUAAAAAUCUGUUCCUACUACGGAACUAGAAAGGCCAUGCAUUCUGCAGAGCUUGUGUGCAUGCCAUACAACUCUUUGGUACAUGAACAAACAAGAAAGUCACUUGGUGUGACAUCUCUCAAAGAUUGUGUAGUGAUUAUUGAUGAGGCACACAAUUUGAUUUCUGCCAUACAUCAAAUGCACUCAAAUGAGAUUGAUAUUCAUCAACUACGAAUGGUACAUGAAACAUUGUUAAAUUAUUUCAACAAAUUUAAGAACAAACUCUCUACAACGAAUCAAACAAAUAUUAAGAGAUUGUUAAACAUUAUUCAAGGAUUAAUAACAUUUCUAACUGUUAGCGAACAUAAGGAUUUGAAUGCUAAUAAGGAAGAAACAGAAAAUAAUGGAUUUAUAGUGCCCAUCACUGAUUUACUCUUUAAAACCAAAAUGGACAAUAUUAACUUGUUUCAAGUUGCAGAAUUUAUUGAAAAAUCAGACUUGACUAAAAAACUGAACAUGUUUAUGGAGAGACAAGAUCUUGAACAAUCAAAGACGAAUCAAGUCGUUAUUCACAAUAACAAUACUGUGAAACGUACUCACAAUACUGCCAACUAUAUUCACUAUUCAAGUGGUGUCAAUACCAAAACAGAUCUUUCCAAUCUCAACACUCCAGCUACGAGUAAUAAUGCCAUCAAUAAUGUUGUGUCAAUGCUUUUAGCUCUCAUGAAUGUGGAUAAGGAUGGUAAACUGUUUGUCAAACCCAAUUCACAUAUCAAAUUCCUACUUUUAAACCCAAGUGUGUACUUUCAAUCGAUUGUGAAAGAGGCUCGAUCGAUUAUUCUGACUGGUGGAACCAUGGAACCCAUUAAUGCUUUAGUUCAACAAUUAUUUCCAAACACACCCUCUUCGAAAAUUCACAUUUAUCAAUGUGAAAAGCAUAUUGUACCUCCAAAUCAUUUUCUACCCAUUGUACUCACAAAAGGAGUUGGAGAUGUUGAAUUUGAUUUUAGAUUUCAGAACAGACAAAACAAUAUGGAUUUAAUCAAAUCUCUUGGUCGAACCAUUGUGAAUAUGUGUAAUAUUGUGCCAGAUGGUGUUGUUUUAUUCUUUCCAUCAUAUCAAUUUGAGAAGACUGUCUAUCAGUGUUGGAAAUCGAAUGGUAUUAUUGAUUCUAUUGAGAAGAAGAAGAAAUUUCUUCGUGAAGCUUCUGCUAAUGAAGAUCCUAACAUGACCUUAGAUAAGCUUUUACAGGAAUAUAAGAAAAUUAUUGAUCACAACUUUGGAACAACAAGCAGCAACAGUAGCAGUCAUGGAAUAAGAGGAGGAUCAACAGCCACUCUUCAAAGAUACAAUGGAAGUGUCUUAUCGUGUGUAGUUGGAGGUAAACUCUCGGAAGGAAUUAACUUUAGUGAUGGAUAUGGAAGAUUGAUCGUUGUCAUUGGAUUACCUUAUCCCAAUCCAAAUGAUAUUGAACUGAUGGAACAACAAAAGUUUUUUGAACAACACACUCAACAAUUUCAAUCACAAAAUAAGAAUGAAUACUUGGAUAACAUUUGUAUGAAUGGUGUCAAUCAAUCGAUUGGAAGAGCCAUUCGUCAUGGAAAAGAUUAUGCAACGGUAUUACUUCUUGAUAAGAGAUAUCAACAGCAAAGACUUAUUAACAAGCUUUCAAAAUGGAUACGAAAGGACAUUGUGACUUUUCAUAAUGUGGGAAAUGCAAUGCAAGCUGUAGGUCAAUUCUUUGCUCAAAAGAUGGCCAAUCAAUUAGAAAUUGAAAAAGAACGAAAGGAACAAUGGAACAAAUCUAUCACACCAUCCACAAGUUCAUUGCCAUCGAAAACAUUGGCCAACUUUAGCAAAAGAUGA